AUGAUCCUGUUUCUACUGCCUCAACAGAUGUGCGUCUCCAGGUGUCUGAGAUGUGUCGGCAUCUCUCUGGUUCCCAUGGCGAUCGUGUGCAUGGUCUCCAACAUCCUGCUGCUGUUUCCCGAUCUGAAGAUCCACUUCCUGUUGGAGGGUCACGUGACCAGAGAAGCCACCUGGGCCCCUGGCGUGUGGGCGUCUGGCAUCCUGGUUCUGUUCGGAGCUCGAGCGUUUGUGCGGAGCAGCAAGACGCAAGGCUGCUGCGCCUUCAGGAGUGAGAUGUUGCGUCAGGUGAUGUACUCCUGUAUGUGUGUGGUGGCUGCCGGGUCCUGCUGUCUGGUCAGUUUCACAGGUCUCGUCCAGGGUCCUCUCUGUCUGUACAACACCACCGCCGGUCCCACCUGGGGGGUUCCUCUCAAACCCACGCCUGACCAUGAUGCAGGUUAUCUGUAUAACAGCACUCUGUGGUCAGGAGUGUGUCUGCAGCCCAGAAAUGUGGUAGAGUGGAAUGUAGUACUGUUCAGCCUGCUAGGGGGCGCCAGCGGGCUGCAGGCCAUCCUCUGUGCAGCCAACAUCUUCAACUCACUGCUGGGACUGGUCCUGGGGAAAGGCUUCUGCCACAACAAGGUCAGUCCAGUUUCAGUUUCAACUUGAAAACCAGUCUUCGUGGAUCCUGGAAGAAGAAACUCUUCAUAA